UGGGGGAGUUGGCAGGACCCAUGGCCUGGAGAGAAUGAAUGCCAGGCCGCGAGGUCGGGGUUCCUCCUAUUGGCGAGGAGCUUUUCCAGGAGUGAGGCCCCGCGGUGGCAAAUCACGGUGCGGGAAGGGCCUACGAAUGCAACGCAGAAGCAGGAAGGUCCCUGCUCGGGCCCAGGGGAAAAGCCCGGACGGUUGAGGGUGGAAAUAACGGCCACCGCGGGAGGACGCCGAGCAUCCGCCGCGGCGGCGGGAGGAGCCGGAAACUCCGGGCGCCUGGCUGGGGGGCCCGGCGACCCAGCGACAGCCAAGGGGGCGGGUCGGCUCUCCCAGGGCAGAUGAUUGGUCGGCCUCCCGCAGCUACGGCGGCGGCGCGUGAAACUGUCGCUUUGACCGGGAAGAUGGAAGAGCUGAGUCAAGCCCUGGCUAGCAGCUUUUCUGUGUCCCAAGAUCUGAAUAGCACAGCAGCCCCACAUCCCCGCCUAUCUCAGUACAAGUCCAAGUACAGUUCCUUGGAGCAGAGUGAGCGGCGCCGUCGGUUACUGGAACUGCAGAAAUCCAAGCGGCUGGAUUAUGUGAACCAUGCCAGAAGACUGGCCGAAAAUGACUGGACAGGAAUGGAGAGCGAGGAAGAGGAAGAUAAGAAAGAUGAUGAAGAAAUGGACAUUGAUGCUGGCAAGAAGUUACCAAAACGCUAUGCUAAUCAAUUGAUGCUUUCAGAGUGGCUAAUUGAUGUCCCUUCAGAUUUGGGUCAGGAAUGGAUUAUGGUCGUGUGCCCCGUUGGAAAAAGAGCCCUCAUCGUGGCCUCUGGAGGCUCCACAAGUGCCUACACCAAGAGUGGUUGCUGUGUCAACAGAUUUUCUUCCCUUCUGCCAGGAGGCAACAGGCGAAACUCAGCCAUGGCAAAAAACUACACCAUUCUGGACUGCAUUUAUAGUGAGGUGAACCAGACCUACUAUGUUCUGGAUGUGAUGUGCUGGCGGGGCCAUCCUUUUUAUGACUGCCAGACUGAUUUCCGAUUCUACUGGAUACAUUCAAAGUUACCUGAAGAAGAAGGACUGGGAGAGAAAACCAAGUUCAAUCCCUUUAAAUUUGUGGGACUAAAGAAUUUCCCAUGUACCCCUGAGAGCUUAUGUAAGGUGCUGUCUAUGGAUUUCCCUUUUGAGGUAGAUGGACUUCUCUUCUACCACAAGCAGACCCACUAUAGCCCUGGAAGCACUCCCCUGGUGGGUUGGCUGCGCCCCUACAUGGUGUCAGAUGUUCUUGGUGUAGCCGUGCCAUCUGGCCCACUGACCACCAAGCCAGAAUAUGCUGGGCAUCAGCUCCAGCAGAUUAUUGAGCACAAGAGGAGCCAGAAGGAAGGCAUGAAGGAAAAACUCACACAUAAUUCCUCUGACAAUGGACGCUAUGAGUUGGAGCACCUAUCUACCCCAAAGCUGAUGAGUCCUGCCUGUAGCCUUGACCACCCGGGGAGCCUCAUGGAGAACUAAAGAGGGCAACCUCCUUUGGGAGUCACAGGAUGGCACCCAGCCGUGAAGGAAAGCUGGGGAGGAGGACAGUGACAUUUGGUGGCUUCAAUUUACACAGUCCAACUGGAAACCAGCUCAUCUCCUAUCUGAAAUGCUGGCUCAAACAUUUGGGAGGUUUCUAGAUGGGGUGAUAUUAAGUUGAAUUGCUCCUACUGUGAAAGUGUAUCCCAGAUCCACAGUGUAAAUAUAUGUCAUUCUUAAGAAGUUGUUUGUGAUUCUUUAGCUUUAGGUGGCCAUGAGUCUCCCUUACCUCCACCACCCAGCCCACCUAAACCAUGACUGUUCAAAUCUUUGCCCAUUUCGCUCUGUUUUUAGCACACAGGCGUUCUGCUGAGUUUCCAGUUGCUGCUGUUGGUAACAUCAUUUUUCUGAAAGGUCUUACCAGGAACUGCAGUUCUUGGUAUUUGAAUAUGUUCCCUCUUCUGAGAAGGCAAGUGUGAUUUUCUUUGGUUUAGACAUCACCAGAGAUAAAAAUGCAAAUGGAGUUCUUUCAUUCAUUCAACAAAUGUUUGCAUGCCUACCAGGAUAUAAGCAUGGUGCUAAGUCCUGGCCAUAUAGAUUGGGUUAUAGAAUUGGACAGGACUUGGUCCCUGCCCUUGAGGAGCUCACAAUCCAGUGAGAAUACAAACCCACAAGCAUAUAGAGCACAUAAAGAUGGUGAAAUGAUUGCUUUAGUGCCAAAAUGUGCAUAAAGCAUCCGGAACCUGGGAUGCAGGGAAAGGGAGUGGGAGGCUGCACAGAGGAGUUAGAGCUGGGGCUGAGUCUCAGAGGAGGGACAGAAGCAUGCUCUGCAGACAAGGAGGGGAGGAGUUCCUCACAGAGAUAGAAGGGUAUGCAGCUACAUUGCUCCAGAGCAGGGCAGGAUUUGCUCUGGGAAAUGACAUAGGUUCAGCAUGACUCAAGUGUAAAGGAGAAGUAGAGAACUGUGGGAAAGGAGGCUAGAGAGAGAUGGGCCUGAUUGUGAAGGGCCUGGUGUAUUAUGAAGAGGUUUUAGAUUUUAUGUCGUGGAUGAAAGGAAGCCAGUAAAGAGCUUUGAAUGGCAAGAGGCCAUUUAGAUUUGUGUAUUAGAGCCCUUGAGAAGCUGUAGGGGUGGAAGAUAGUGCCUAAAACUAAUCAGUUAGUGUCUCCUCUGUGUUCAGGAAAUGUGUUCUGUUUCCUGUGGCUUCACUCUACUCCCCACACUGGUUUCCACCUUUCUAGGACUUCUCUAAUUGGACCAAAGGACCUCACCAUUCCACUCCAACAGUAGUAGUGUCUUGUGGACAAAAAUUCAGAGAAGUCCAGCUCAGAUCCUGUCUCGUAAGACAUGCAGCUGUCCCUCUGUGUUGAUUAGUUCUGGGAACAGACUGGGCUGAGGUAGUGGUUAAGCGGAGCCUGAUUACACAAAUUCAGCACAUCCAGCGGAACUAGCCCUAGUGUCUGGCUCUUAGGGAGCUGCUCAAGCUGACUGUGUAAAAUCGGAAAAGGAAGAAGGCCCCCCUCCCUCCCACCCCCAUGCAAUGAUGAUCCUGCUGGCUGCAGAGUCAAGCAUUUGCCUACAUCAAUAAGCUCUUUCCUGUAUUUAGGUCAAUUCCUCAGUAGGAACAUCGUGUUCCUCUAGCCAAGGAGCAUGUUGUAGACGUUUAGUCUCCGUUUGAUGAUCUGAACACAGAGUCUGCGUUCUUAGCGGCCAACUGCAUCGUUUCAAGAGCUGUGCAUGCUAGUAUCAGUAGUGACUUGGCCAGGCUCUACCCAGAAAAUAAUUGGAUCUGGAUGGACUGCUUUCCCAGAGGACACUCUGGGGACAGACUGGUGAGCCAAAGAACAUAUCAACCAAACUUAUCAGCAAACACAACUUAAUAUUGUUGAAUGGUAGCUUGAAGGACCAAGCUCGGAGGACGGCCCCUUGUAGUUUUAACUGAGAAACCAGUAUUAUUAUUUACUAAAUAGUAGUGGGUCUCCUGGUCAUAGUUCUGUCCAUUCUGAACAGCUCCGAGUUCAUUUUUUGUGGAGUCAUCUCUUCCCCAUGCAAUAUGGAUGGGGGACUUAACUGGGGGUACUGCCCUCCCUUAGCCAAGGGUCAGGUUUGUGACUCAAGACAGGCCAAUCAUAUGCCCCCCACCAAGAAUUUGUGUCUUCAGCAGAGGAACAGAGAGAGUGAAUCAGUUGGAAUCUAUUUAUUAUUAUUUUUUGAUACUAUUUUCCAUACUUAUUAAAAAAUUAAGAAACUUAGGCUUAGAGAGCUUAACUAACUUGCCCAAGGAAGCUAGUUAGCAGCUGAGCAGGAAGUUGUAUCCAGUCUAUUCCAUUCUUUACUUUUUUUCUCUUCUUAACAGAUUUCCGGUAUGUGGAAUUGGAAUCAUAGUAAUCCUUGGUUUGCGAAUCAUAAACUGCAUAUUAAACACU